UUGAUGAUUUCAUUGACGACUUAAUAGCUAGUCGAUAAAGUGAUUAACCAUUGUACACGCGUAUAAAUUGUUGCCAACCAUCCAACCAUAGGAGUGUUUUUUUAUUAGAUUAUAAAUUUCGACACACAUUUUUAUCAAAUAUUUCGUUAUGUUAAAUUUUACGCAAUGAUUGUUUUUGUCGUUUAAUAGUCGUUAUCAGGUUAUGUGAUAAUUGUUACGUGAAAGUCGCUUAUAAAUGCUCUUCUAAUUUUAUGUGAAUCACAAUGUUUAAUGUUUCAAAACAUAGUCAACAAUAAUUGAAAUUAUUGUUCAGUCUUCUGUCCUUCUUGUUUUUAAAUUUAUUCAAAAUGUUUGCCCGUAAAUUGAUAAGUUCAUUGAUUUCUUCGAAAUGUAGUUCAUCUUCAAUUCAAUCAAUUAGACUUCUUAGUGAAAAGACAUCACCUGAUGCUAAACGGUUAAUUGCUGUUCUUCAGCUUAACAGCGGUUCUGACAGAGAGGCGAACCAUCGUGCAAGUGAAAGGUUAAUCCGAGAAGCCGCUUCAUAUGGCUGUUCAAUGGCGUUUUUACCCGAAAAUUUCGAUGCGAUGAAUUUCACCAAAGAAGAUGUCACUGCUUCAUUGGAACCAAUUGAUGGACCUAUGAUUAAUAGGUAUCGAGAUUUAGCUAGAUCUUUAAAUAUUUGGCUUUCACUUGGUGGCUUUCAUGAGAAACCAGAACACAUUGAUGACGGAAGAAAAUACAAUACUCACCUCAUGAUCAAUAACGAAGGAGAUAUCGUUUCAGUUUAUCGCAAAAUUCAUCCUUUCGAUGUAGAUGCUCCUGGUGAUGCUCGAGUUAUUGAGUCUAAUAUUUGUAUUGCUGCUGAUGAAUUAGUCCCACCAGUCGAAACUCCAAUCGGUAAAGUUGGUCUUGGUAUUUGUUAUGAUAUAAGGUUUGCUGAGUUUGGAAUAGCCUUGGCAAAAGCUGGUGCCGAUGUCUUGACAUAUCCUUCGGAAUACUCAGUAAGCAAUGGAGGAGCUCUUUGGGAGCCCCUUGUUCGUGCUCGUGCCAUAGAGAAUCAGUGUUUUGUCAUCGGUGCAUGUCUGACUGAGUGGAAAGAUGCCAAAAAAGCUUCAUGGGGACGUUCAAUGGUAGCCGACCCUAGAGGUUGUAUAAUAGCUCAAGUGGGUGAAGAUGUAGGCUUAGCGGUAGCUGUAAUUGAUCCUGAGGUACAACGUCAAGCCCGAAUUUUGCUACCUAAUGUGAAUGAUCGACGACCUGAUAUAUAUGGUGAAAUAAUUACUGCUAAAGCAAAACAAAACUAAAUUAAUAAGAAAGGUUCAAUAAAAUUUUAACUGCGUCUUACCUGUAA